CAAGUUCUUGGAGAAUGCUAUUGUUAUUAUAAUGAUAAGAACAUUCCAAAAAAGUUUUUAGCAAAAAAUAACAUGGACCCAGAAGACAUUCCUGAGGAACUUCAGGAUCUUACUAAGAUUAAGGAAAUGUUGAUUACACAAAUAUUUACUGUACAUUAUAUUGCUGCAACUGUAGAUUAUAAUAAUGUUGAAUCUUUUAGAAUUAUCAUUAUAGGAACUGCAAGAACUGAAAAAUCAUAUUUAAUCAAAGUAGUUGUAGCUUGGCUUAAUGAAUUGGCAAAAGAUCAUGAUGUUGAAAAAAAAUUACCUGUACUCUUGCUUGCACCAACUGGAGUUACAGCAUACAACAUUCAUAAAAUAACAAUUUAUUUGGCACUCUUCAUUUUAGUAAAUUGCACUAAUUUUAAUCUAAAUAGUGAACAUCUAAAACAAUUACAAAAUAAGUUACAAGAUCAACAAGAUCAACUUUUUGGUAAUCAGUCUGUCAUUCUAAACAGUGAUUUUGAACAACUCUCACCAGUUCUUGAUAAUCCUAUAUAUACAUCAACCCUUCAACAUGAUUCACUAUCAAAUAAUAGUAUUAUUGUAUACAAACAAUUUUUAGAGGUCUAUAAGCUUGAUGUUGUUCAAUGUCAAUCUGGAAACUUGGAAGACCAAUGCUAUUUUAAAAAUAUUUUAUUAUGUCUUCAUGAUGAAAAGUCCACAAUAGAUAACUGGAAGACACUUAUAACACAGCUUGCUGAUUUGCCUAGAGUAGAUAAUACAUUAAACUGUUUUGUUGCCAGAAUCAAUGCUCACUAUGCAAUGGGUGGCCAUAAAGCAUCUAAAGCUAAUUUUAAUACAGCAAAAGCUAAGUUAGUUAAUCGUUUGAUAGAAGUAAUCCAAGAAAUUUUGUUUAAAAAAGAUAAAGCUUCUUCUUGCCUUUUAAGCAUACUUCUUGUUGAAUUUGAAGACUAUAGUGGUCCUUCUAUUUUAACUAUAAAAAACAAGAGAUUAGCAAUUACAGUAUAUAAAAGCCAAGGAUUAAUGCUUGCAAAGAGUAAAAUAGAUCUCAGAGAAAGAGAAUAUGCAGUUGGGCUUUCAUUUAUGGCAGUGUCUCAAGUUUGUACACUUAAAGAUCUUCUUUUUUGUUCAUUUUCUCUCAAAAGACUUCAAUGUAUAAAAAAAUUCAAGAGACUGCAAGAAAGAAAGACUGAAGAGAAAUAA